GAGUGGCCUAGCUAUGAAGAUGUGGUCCUUUACUAUCACCAUGCUGUUGGCGGUGGGAUCUUUGAUCCAACCGUCGUUGGGGGUCUCAUUGAGGGGGUGCAAACUGGACAUAGCGUUUGUUGUAGACUCCUCUAGCAGUAUAUAUAUUAUGGACUUUGAGAAACAGAGAUCCUUUCUCCGUGAUUUCAUCAACAUGUUUGAAACAGUAACCGAUGACGUUCAGUUCGCUGCGGUUUCAUUCAGUAACCGAUACUUCGAUGAAUUCAGAUUUAAUACUUUCACUUCACGCGAAGACAUCUUGACUGCGGCAGACAACAUACGCUAUAGCGCCGGUGACGCGACUAGAACAUACCGAGCUAUAAAUCGCAUGCGCACUGACCUUUUUGCUCCUGGAAAUGGCGCACGAGAGGAUGCCGUUCAUAUUGGUGUUGUUCUUACCGAUGGUGGUACCAAUCCUGGUUCUUAUGAUUCGUAUUCAACACUGGAAGGGAAAGCAGAAACCCAAAAGGAGGCCAGAAUGGCAAAAGAACAGGAUAUUCAUAUGUUUGCUAUUGGCAUAGGGAAAAAGUAUGACUUAGAAGAACUCCGCGGCAUAGCUUCGGAUCCAGAUGAAAAGUUCGUCAUCACCGUUGACACCUAUGAAAAGCUUAAUACGGAACAUAUAAAGACCUUAUUGGCAUGUCGUGUCUGUCGCGUAAGAACACUUGGACAAAACCAGGGUGGCCCGAGACGAUCGUUAUAUGCCUCACUAUUUGACCAUCAAAUGAACAGACCUCGAAAUCUUCAUGCUCGCCAGGUGUUCCCGUUAGCGACCUCUGAAGUACAGCGAGUUUGCCGAGGAAAUCAUGUUGACAUAAUUUUUAUUCUUGAUGAGUCAACAAGCAUCGGUUCCCAACAAAACUUCAGAAAGGAACUGAAUUUUGUCCGUGAGGUGUCCGACAUGUUUGAUAUUGGACCGGACAUGACGCAUGUUAGUGUAAUCACAUACAGUAACGACAGCCAGAUGCGUUUUUCCCUCAACAAAUACACGGAUAAGCCGAGCCUUGAGAACGCCAUAGAGAACAUCGACUGGACCACAGGAGACACGUAUACGAACAAGGCCCUGGAUCUUCUCCUGACCCAUAGCUUGUCCGAGGUCCGAGAGGGAAUCGCCCACAUUGGAAUCGUUAUAACAGACGGAAAGUCGACGAACUACGAUAAGACAAGAGUGUCCGCGCAUAAUGUGUUGGCCACCGGAGAAAUAGAAAUGUUUUCUAUCGGUAUUGGUAGUGCAUACAAACCGGAACUGGAUAUGAUGGCGUCCAAGCCUUCAUCCGACUAUGUCUACCAGAUUGACGACCUAGACGCUCUCGAAUCGCUUAAAAAUAAAUUUGCCUACCGUGUUUGCAAAGAACAACCUGACUGCGCAGCACCUGAACGAUGUGACAAAUACAAAGCAGACAUAGUAGUUGUAUCGGACUCUUCCACAAGUAUCUCGGAUACCGACUUUGUCACACAAAAAGAGUUCAUCGCUAGCUUAGUAGACAGGUAUAAUAUCGGACCAAAUGGCGUGCAGAUUGGUAUGUUGUCCUUCUCCACAGACGCUUAUAUCAAUUUCAACUUGAGCAGCCACGGCUCAGAGAGAGAAUUAAAAGCCGCCAUCUUAGAGGUUGAAUAUAUGUCUGGAGAUACGUCCACUGACAAGGCCUUGGACAUGAUGGCAAGAAAAGCGUUUACCACAGAGGCAGGAGCACGUCCUAAUCUCCCCAAAAUAGCCAUCGUCAUAACCGACGGGUCACCGCAAAACCAGCCGAGGACCGUCGAAAUGGCAACCAGGGCGAAGGAUGAGGGUAUCACCAUUUACGCAAUCGGUAUUGGCAGCAGUGUCGAUAUGGACCAUCUCAAAGCAAUCGCGUCCACCCCAGCAGAGUAUUAUACGUUUAUGGUAGAUGACUUCUCUUCGUUGGUGGAACAUGAAGACAUUCUUAUCAAGAAGACAUGCUCUGGUCCAAUACCGACAACUGUCCAACAGUGACGAGUGCCCCAGUGGAUAUGGCACAUGUACGGUUCACAAGUUGUGUAUCAUCCUGGGCAUAUGCCAAGUUAUAAGAUAUGAACUACCAGAAAAGGCAACAUAUAAUGUUUCUGUAGGAUUGACGCAAUGUAGUCUUAGUAAGGCUCUCAACAAAACAAGGAAGUUUGUGUACAGCAUAUGUUAUUAUGUACUUAUACAUAUGUCUAAAGAGCAUAGUAAGUAAAUAAAUAUAGAGAAAUGCUA